AUGCCAAAGAAAGCCGUUCUAUUGAAGUCUUUAACUAGGGGUAGAAUCCGUACCUCCUUUAACAAAUAUAAUUUAUUCAAUAUAUAUAAGAAAUCAAACCCAGAUUUUAAGACUAAGUCAUUAUAUCAACAGAAAUGGAAUGCUAAACAAGAAACAAGAGCAUAUCACGGUGAAUAUUUAACAGAAGGAAGAUGGAGCUCACUGUUUCAACCAAAAUUGGAAUCUGUUGCACAAUUAGAUGCAUCAUUACGUGGGGAUGGUAAAGUAAAAGAUACUCCAUUUUUAUCUCAAACAUAUGCAGUAUUGGAGAAAAGACUUGAUUUUGCUCUAUUUCGUGCAAUGUUUGCAUCAUCUGUUAGACAAGCAAGACAAUUUAUCUUGCAUGGUAAUGUUACAGUAAAUGGGCUUAAGAUACGUCAUCCAGGUUAUAUAUUGAAACCAGGUGAUUUGUUUCAUGUUAGACCAGACAAAGUGUUAGAGGCAUUAGGUGCAAGAAAACCAAGUCUUUCAGAAGCAUUAAAAGUCGAUAAAACUCAAAUUAUUUUAUGGAAUAAACAUGUUAAAGAAGCUAAAGAAAAUCCAAGAAAAGUAUGGGAUAAUAAAUUAAAUAAACAUAAGAAUUUACCAGAGGCAAAUCCAAAGAAAGAAUCCAUAACUACAUUUAUCGAAAAAUAUAAUACCAAAAUGGAAAAAAAUGAACAUGAUGAAUUGAAAUCUUGUACUCCAAAGAAUAUGUUGAUAAAGCUAUUGAAAGUUCAGGCUUCUAGAAAAGAUGAGGCCACACCUUUGACAAAGAAGGAUUUUGAAGGUGUUGUUGAAAAGAGCCCAGAAUUGAGUCAUGAUGUGUACAAAUGUUACGAUGCUCUAGAAAAGUCCAAAGAAAUCUCAUUGGAAAAGUUACAAGGAAAAUCUGUAAAGGAAUUAAACAAUGUGGCUGAAGGUCUUUUAUCUUUCACAUCAGAAAUGAAAGAGAAGUUAUCAGACAACUCAAAAGUUCUAAUCAGAUCUGGUAUGAAACAGUUAUCAGACUUGACGAAAGCUUAUUCUGAAUCAAUCAGAACAUUUUAUGAAACCAAUAAGGCUUCAGCAGAGACAAAUUAUAUUCCAUUUGAUCCAAAAUGGUCUAAUAAUUUGAGAUAUCAUGAAAAAGUUGAAUUCGAAAGUAUUGCAGAAGAUGAAAAACUGGCUUCUGAAUCCAUUAACUUACCUUGGCAAAAACAUGUCUAUGGCCGUCAAGACCCAAGAAAACCAUAUUUUACGCCAUGGAAACCAAGACAAUUUUUAGCACCUUUCGCAGUUUUGCCUCAUCAUUUAGAAAUUUCCUUCAAGACAUGUCAUGCUGUGUAUCUUAGAGAUCCAGUAGCUCGUCCUGGUCAUUCAGAAGUUAUUUCACCAUUUGACGACACCGUUCACGAAAGAGCCUACAUGUACUACGUCAGAAAGGGUAAAUAA